UGAUAAGCGUGUAGUUGGAGAGUUCUUAUAGGAUAGUAAACAAUCGUCUCAGUUAGUUCCAUGGCUACCUGUGCAGUGCCUGUGCCUCAAUUGAAUAAGGUCUACAACAGGUUUUAGUGGCAAGUAGUGUAAAGAGGUUUCAUUAAGACUUAAAUUAGUACAAUCCAACAGAGAUAACAUUUUAAAGCUAACAUAAAUAUUAUAAACGUAAGUGAAAGUUGUGAAUGCAAUGUGAGCAGACUAAUAACUAAGUGAAGUGUAAAAGAGCAAACAAAUCAAUCGAAAAUGGAGACGAAACCAGAAGCAAACGGAAAAAUGGACACCAAAGAGAAUAUGGAGAAUAAAAAAGUUGAGGAAGUGGAUAAAAUGGUCCAAGCCAUUGGGACAUUCGAAAAAUGGCAGAUAAUGUUGUGUGUUAUGGUGGCGUUCCCUUCGAGGAUCUCAGCGGCCUGGCAGCAGCUGGGGAUCGUGUUCGUGGCACCCGCGACCAGCUUCCAGUGCACGGAGACGAACCUCACGGACAGCAUCCAGCCGGCGACGUGCUACAAGGACUGUGUCAAGUACGAGUACUACACGGAGUUCGAGAACACCAUCAUCUCGGAGUGGGACCUCAUCUGCGAGAGAGCCUGGAUGGCUAACCUCACACAGACUCUGUGUAUGGCCGGUGUGUUGAUAGGCAGUAUUUUUUUUGGCUUCGUAGCUGACAGAUUCGGAAGACGCAUAGCAUUAUUAAUAGCUUGCGUUCUUCAACUAGUCACCGGUUUGAUAGAACCCUUCAGCAUAUCCUACUGGAUGUUCACCAUCGUCCGGUUCUUCAUCGGCACGUCCAUAGCCGGGACUAUGCUGUGCUCUUUCAUCCUCAUGAUGGAAAUCACAGGUCCUAAAAGAAGAGAGCUCAUGAGCGUACUCUGCGCCCUUCCGUUCCCGGUUGGGCAAAUGUUGAUGCCACUGUUCUCCUACUACUUGAGAAGUUGGAACAGGUUCUGUCUGGGCGUCGGGAUCCCAAAUCUCAUCUACCUUAUUUACUUCUUCCUGUUGCCGGAGUCACCGAAAUGGUUGAUAUCUCAAGGAAGGUUGGAAGAUGCUAGUAAAGUGAUGACACAAGCAGCCCGAUGGAAUAAUCUGCCAUCGGACAACAUGCUAGACGUUGCUAAAGCCAUAGCCUACGAUAACGCCAACUCAAAAGACGCACAGCAAGGCAAAGCCACGUACAUGGAUUUGUUAAGGACCAAAGUAUUACGAGUGAACAUCGUAGGAUCUUGCACGCUCUGGUUUAUGCUGGGCAUCAGUUUCUACGGCAGCAAUCAGUACAUAGGGCAGACGAGUUCAAACGCUUUUGUCUCCGUUGCCUUAGCUGGAGUAUUACAACUCCCUGGAAUUAUGCUGAGUGGCAUCCUCUCAAAGAAGGUCGGUAGGAGGAUUACUCUGAUCUGUUUCUUCGCCGUUUGCGCCGUGAGCAACGCGUUUUUGGCGGUACCAGAAGAUUGGUUCAUCGUAAGGCUGGUGGCAGGAGCCAUUGGUGUUGGAUGCUCAUCGGGAGCAUUUGCUACCGUGUACAUGUACACCACCGAGCUGUUCCCGACGGUGACCCGCAACAUGGCGAUGGGCGCGUCGUCGACGAUCUCCCGCGUGGGCUCCAUGCUGGCGCCUUACGUGGCGGGGCUCACGGGCGUGGCCGCCUGGCUGCCGCCCGCCGCCUUCGCCGUUGUACCCGUGCUGGGCGCGCUAACCCUUAUCUUCCUUCCAGAAACCAGGGGCAAGAUACUGAGAGACCACGUCGCUUAGACUUAACUUAUUUUAAGCACGUUUUAGUGUUUUAAUAAGAACGUGAUAUUCGCAUAGAU